GACACAUACCACGGCUUUCUGUUUGUACAUCCACACAAUGAUAAAUCUCGGCUGCUCUUUGACUUCAACGACAAACUGGCCGGCAUACAGACUGCGGUGAGUUGGCCUUAUGACUCAUUGACUAACAAUGAGAUCACCUUUAAUUUAUUUUCUAUAUGAAUUUUUUUAUUUUAAUUAUUAAAGUCUUUUAAGCUGUAUUAUAUUAAUGAUAGGCUAAAAAUAGUUGAAGUAUUUAUGGAUAUAUAUCUUUGAUGUUGCUUAGAAUACAACUAAUACAAAAAAAAAAUAACAUAGAAAUUCAGGGUGGCCCAAAAAAUGUGAUAAACGUCGCUGUAUUGUCAGACGCAUAAACGAGGCGACAACGCUUACAAAAAGUCUUUGGAGAGGGGAUGGGUUGGGGGGGGGUUGAACAUGGUUUCUGAUUGGCGUUAUGAUUUUUAUACAACUGUUAAUGACAUCAUAUUAUAUUAAUUCAAUUAUAUAACCAUUUGUUACGAGAUAAAUUCAGGGUGGCCCAAAAAAUGUGAUAAACGUCGCUGUAUUGUCAGACGCAUAAACGAGGCGACAACGCUUACAAAAAGUCUUUGGAGAGGGGAUGGGUUGGGGGGGGGGGUUGAACAUGGUUUCUGAUUGGCGUUAUGAUUUUUAUACAACUGUUAAUGACAUCAUAUUAUAUUAAUUCAAUUAUAUAACCAUUUGUUACGAGAUGUUCUCACUUUUUCUGGGCCACCCUGUAGAAUAAAUUAUGUAACCUUGAAAAUUGCGAGAUUCUAGUUUAAAAAAUUAGAAAAAUGUGAAAUGGCGUGUCGUAUUUCUCCAGUAGAUGGUGAUGUAUAUUUACAGUAGACGGUGAUGCCUAACAUAAUUCCAAUUCUGUUUAAACAAAAACAUUGUUAAUUACGCCCGACAUAUUUCACGUGCGUUUAGAUUCCUGGCAACAUGGUGGGCUACAACACCAAUAACGAAACAGUACGAGUUCCUACAAAGGAGGUGAUCCCGCCCAUCUUGCUCAGCCAGGAACAGUACAGCCCGGGUGUUCAGAUGUACACCAUCACAGGUCAGCCAUUUUUUUUUUUUCGUUUGCCCCCCCCCCCCCCCAAAAAAAAAUGAGUUUUAGUUGUGUAUUUCUUGCGUUUUCAUCAAUUUAAAAGAAUAAAAAAACAACUCAUUAUAAUAUUUUAAAAUAAUGCUUAAUUCGUGGACUCCCGUGGUGAUUUUUUAGCAUGAUGACGAAACGUUCAUUGCUAUUAAAAGUCUAUGUGAGCAGUCAACACUAAAGUGACAAAAGAGGCCUGCAUUUCAUGGGUCGAAAAGUCCCAGGUCAUUUGAAUUUUUGAGGCCACAGGAAAAUGUUCAAGAGACAAUCUAUAAAUGUUUUAAAAAUGUAAAUUCCCUAAAAAUAUUUAAAAAAAUAAAAAAAUUUAAAAAAAAUAAAAAUAAAAAUUGUUUAAUUCAUACCUGCUUCAGAUAGUUAAAAAUAAUUUAUUUGAGAUUUUUAUUUCUGGUCAAAUUUAUGUUGUCUUUUAAAUUUAUGUUUUAAAACUCUGUGGGUCUAUUUAAUGUCCAUUUAAUAAUCAUUUAACGUUCUCAACUCCCAUGCAGUCGUUACACUAUUGCUUUGGGGCGUACAAUUUUAGAGUGGAUUAAUAUGUGAAUGAGAACAUGAAUUAAAUUAGUUGACCUACUUGUUGAUUUUGUUGAGUUCUUAAAUUAGUAGCCUACUUGAACUAAAUAAAUAAUUGCAUGGGAUAAGAAUUUGAAUUUGUCAUUGUAUUUUACUUGAAGUAUAACUGGAAUCAGCAUUUGAAGGGGAAUUAAUUCUGGGAAAUAUAUGCUAACUUAAAUGAUUAUCUUUUUUUAAAUAGCUGGAUACUUGUAUUGGUUUUCUACUUGAAUGUGAAUUGAAUGUGAAUUGAAUUAUCACCUGCAGUGUGACUUUUAACUAUUUGAAUUGGUACUUGGAUUAGAACUUGAAUGUUCCCUCUUUAUGUUUCAGCCUACUUCAAACACCCAAGUCUGAUAUGUAGCCCCUACACGACGCACUCCCAUUCUGGUAAAGGCCUGUACAUACAGAUGGGCUACCGGGUGGAGAGGCAGUAUGAGAAGAUACCGUUGGAGGCGCGUCAUCUGUCAGACGAGUGGAAGACAGGGACCUGUCUACCCAGUAUGGGUGAGUGGGGAUCAUAAAUAAUAUCAUAAAUUUUAUGAAAGAUUGAUUCAUUGACAUUUACACAAAAAAAUCCUCUCUCACAGGGAUAUAUAAAAAAUCAAACGGGAGCAUUUUGAUGUCAUUUAAACUUUAAGAUUAAGACACUGAUUGAAAAUUUAAAUUGCCUUUGAGGGUGUUUUUUUUUUUUUUUUUUCAAUCCUUGCUGCUGUUGAGAGCGUUGAGCUUGUCCCCUUAUUGUUGUGUAAACUUUGUAAAUAAGUCACAUCAUCUCAGAAAUGAUGUCAAACUGAUGGCACUGUUUACGUUGUAUCCUCAGGGCGCCACUACUUUAAAAACCUCUCCAAAGAGCUGCAGUGUGAGCGGCUGUACCCGGUGUUUCUCAUGUACAAUGAUGAGGGACAGCUGGGAGGAUUCGGCUGGCUCUUCCAGGGUGUCCCGCCGUCGGAGUCGCCCCGCUCCCCGGUCAAGUGGUUUAAACAUUCUGUUCAGUUUUACCCUGUGAGUCCAACAUUUCAUUCUUUUCAGAUCAGGAAAUUAAAAUAACUCAAAAGGAAAUGUAAUGCAUGAUUAGUAAGGCUGAUUCAGGGGCCAUUGAUCGAAGCUAAGUAAUAAACUGAAAGAAUAAAUCUUAUGUACAGAUGACUGACUCAUGGAGUUUUAAUUAUUUACACGACAGGAAUCGAGAAAUGGAAAUUUUUUUUUUUCAAAUAAAAGCCAACAAAUUGUAUUUGUUUAAUUACUGGUGAUCUACACCAUAAAUGUUACACGCUUUUUGUCAGAUCCUCCAAAACAUCUUAUUUUUGUGAAAUCCUUCUGGAAGAUAAAAUAAAAAUUCUUAAAAACUUUAUUUUAUAAUACUACAUUUAACACUUACAAAAGUCACAUGAAUUUCUAUGCUUAGAAGAAACUCAUAAUUAUAUCAAAUUAUGUCUCCAAAGUCCGUAUUUGACCAGAGUCAUUGUAUGAAAAAGUUACCUUUGAUUCAUUUUUAAUUUCUCCAUAGGCCAUCUUCGACCAAAGCAUGUUGCCUCCAUGUAUGUUUAACCCGGAGUUCCAUGUCUUUGGGAUCCGAAUCUACCUCCGCAAUGAGCACACCAUGACCUGCCCUCGACCUCAGGUGCCUGGAAUCAGCGAUAAUAUCAGUGAAGAAACAGCUGAUAGUAAUAAAAAUGAAGAAGUGACCUUCCGACCCUUGAACCCAAGAGAUCCCAACAUCACCACAAGCCCCAGAGCACCAAAGUACUCUAAGC